UGGAAGAAGAGUUCUUGUUUUCUCCACCCCCCCACCUCUGCCAGUUGGAUGGUGUUCAAGACGGCAGACGCUGGGAAGGCAGCCGUAUUGGGUUUGGGAAAGAAAGGAUCGAUAAUGGAGCUGCAAAAUUUACAGGAAGCACUUAAAGUGGAAAUCCAGAUCCAUCAGAAACUCGUAACCCAGAUGAAGCAAGAUCCACAGAAUGCUGAUUUGAAGCUGCAGCUCCGUGACCUGCAGGCCAAGAUCACAGCUCUGAGUGAGCGGCAGAAAAAGGUAGUGGAGCAGUUAAGGAGAGAUCUGCUGGUGAAACAGGACGAUAUGAAGCUGCAGACACAGACGCUACAAGCCGAUGGGCAAACAUCUACUCAUCUGCUCAUUACACAGACACAGACAUCGCUGCCUGCUGCCAGCCUCACCACUCCACAGAACUCUGUGGGCCCUAUGAUUGCUUCAAAGACUCUACCUCUGGUGCUGAGAGCUGCCACACCCAACUCACCCAUCAUUAUGACACCAGCACCCACUAUCACAGUGGUUACAACCCUUGGCAACACUCUCCUGGCAAGCCCUCCCAGUACAGAUCCUCCAAACCCCCCAGUAACCCUCCAACCGGUUAUCCAAUCAACCAAUCAGGGAAUAGAGCCACUGCGAGUCAUGUCCAAAAGCACCGUUGUUGUUCAAGCAGCCUCACAACCAAUCAAAGUUCCUCAGUUUGUCCCUCCCACCAGACAGACAACUCGGCCAGCCACUCUACUGCAGGUCAGGCCAAAACCUCCCUCCUCAAUAUCUCCAGCUGCUCCAGGUCAGGUCUCUGUGCAGACCUUACAGUCACCGGUGUUACUGAGCACUGCCCUUCCUUCCUCUGGUCAUGUCCAGCAGAUGCGUAUCCUCAACGGCCUGCCUUGCCACAACAGCUGUAAUGCAGGCAUCCUGAUCACUUCAUCUACGCACACGCAACAACCUGCUCAGACACACACGCAGCAGUUAAUUCACAACAGCUCGGGCUCUGACAACACGAUACCCAUAGUGGAAUAUGGGACAGAGCCAAAGACUUCAUUGCUCAUCUCGCCAGACACACCUACACACAGUUCACCUCCACAAUCCUCGGAUACACCAUCUUCACCUGCACCCACCAACACACACACGCCUUCCUCCAAACAUCAGGACAACCCUCUGAAACUGGCCUUCAUGCUUUCCUUGGGACUGGUCACACGUGAUUAUUUAGAAGAAAUUCAGAGCAGGCGUCAGGAGCGCAAGAGACGGACAACUGCAAAUCCCAUAUAUAGUGGAGCCAUGUUUGAACCAGAGAGGAAGAAGAGCUCAAUGUCAUAUCUAAGUUCAAUAAAUCAGUCUAGCAGAAAUACAGAUUGCGGUGUUGUGGAGUGGGGGCCCCUCCCCCCAACCACCAGCAGCCAUCAUUCUGCCUCCCCAGACCUACAGCGGCCCACCACGGGCAGUCCAUUCUCCCAUGCCCUUUCACUCACCCCUCCAUCACAUUCACUCUCACCCAGCCCCAACUCGGCGGGGGAUAUACUGCAAAAGGAAGAUGAUAUUGAGUGGCCAGGGACACUUGCCAUUGUCCAUUCCUACAUCUCUUAUAAAGCAGCCAAAGAGGGAGAGAAAGAUCGUCUGGUGAGGUGGAGCACAGAGCUGCGGCAGGAGAGAGAGACACUGGAACACAGAGCAGGACAGCUCAGCAACUCUAUAACGAGUUGUAUGGAUGGCAAAAACAGCGUACUGUCCCGGCAGAGAGAGAUGGAGACCUCGCUGGAGAAAAUUAGAGGGUUGGUACGUCUCAUCAGAGGGAUCCAGUUGCCUCCUCUCUCUUACCCAGAGUUCAUCUCUCCUGUGGGCGUGGCUAAUGGAGAUGCGUACCAAAAUGGAACUUCCAAACCCAGCAGCUCCAGCACAGACACAAACAACAACACAGAUAAUGCGACAAGCUCCUGCGAAACUACGGUGAUAAUUAGCACUCUUACAAGUAUAAGCGAUACCAUAAACCAAAACGCUACGAAUAAUAACACGGUUCAGACCGAUACGACAAACACAAGUGGCGGUGAGGGAACUGACGACAGCGCACAAAUAAAAAGCGUGCCCAGAAUCAAAGGUGAACCCACAAACAGCACAGCUUUCAGCAAUAACAGCAGCAACCAGGGGGUUCCCAGUACCAACGGAACGAUGUCUGCAGAAGAGGAAAAUCUCAAAAAACAUAAAAACAACAACAGUGACCUCAGCGUCAUCCCACAAGCCCUCCUCGGCCCAAUCGUACCCCUUACGGAAGUGACAGAGGGGGUGAAAUAGCAUCAGAUCCGCCGCCGCAAGUGUGCCAGUUAACAGUAUUGUUUUGUGUUUUUGUUUCAUCUCUUGUAUCUAUGAGGGAAAGAAAAUCCAUAGUGCCAUUUACUACAUACAGGAAGGAGGUUCCUAAAGUACCAGCAAUGUGUAUGCUAACGUAUGCACACCGAAAAGAUUUCUACAAAGAAUAAUGCUAUAGAAAAUAAAAUAGUAAGAGUAAUAAAAUUUAAAGAUAUCACACCGUUGUGUGCCUGAUAAAGUUGCCAUAGCACCUCUGAGUGGGAAAGCUUCUGAAGAAAGGGGUGAAGGUCUCAUUCCUGUAUCCCUCUGGAAUAGUGCAGCUUCCUAUCAGGUCCUGUAGCUCUGAUCUAAGACAUAAGAUAUGAAGUAUCGAGGCGUUCUGUGUCUGUUUUGUCUGUGAAAUGCAGCCGAGGUGCAGUUGUUUCAUCUAGUUUUGAGUUGUUGUGUCGAUUUCCAAGGCUCCAGACCAGAACAUGGAGCACAAAAUAUGUUAUCACAUAUAAAGGUCUUCCAGACGUUCUGCUGGAGAUUUAACCAGAAUUAUCAUUUCGUGUUUUUUAACGGAAACAUUUCUGUAAAUACAUUUUGGUAUUUUUACACCUUUUUUUGUCAUAAAAUAUCCUUUAGUUCUGUUUUGCCAAAUAAUUGAUGCCACAGGGAACUGUUAUUUUAUGUUACUCGGAACAUUCAAUAGAUAUUUAUAUAAGUAGUAGAAUAGUAUUUGUAGUGUCAGUCCUGAAUUGUCUGUGAGGUACCAAUUCUGAUCAUGCCUUAUCUUCUGAACAGAUGUGAUUUAAUGAGAGUGCAGUUUUAUCUCAGUCAUUGAUCAUUUUUAACAGAAGGGCAUGAUUUGAGACAUACUGAUCUCUCUCGCUCCAUUAAAACUCUGUCUCCAUAUCCACCACGUCUUACCAUGGUGUAGCAGGGGUCUCAUGCCUUGUCCAAUAACUUGGAUUUCUUAAAGCUAUAAAAAUAUAUUUUUGGCGUACGCACAUGCAGUCAAAAGUGUCCCAUAAAACCAGUGUGCCGGUAACGUUAUGCUUAUUGGCCAGUUUAAGGGCUUCUGUUCUGUAUCAUUGUCACCUUACUAGGUGGUCACUAGGUGUUUUAUAAACCUGUCUAAAAGCACAACACAGCAGGCGUACGUUUAAUGCUUAGUGUCACUGUUUUACCAUGGUGUCCUGGGGGUUGUCAUCACAAUAAUUUAACAUCUGGAUGCAUUACUCCACUCGUAUGAAAGUUUGCGGGGAGCCUUUACCACUGUAUAUUUCAAACGGCGCGUGAGCAAGCACAGAGGAAAAACGAUUGAUACGGCCAACCAAGAUACAAAGUCGUGAAAGUUUAAACACUGUAUCCUGUGCCAAAAUGACACUUUCAUAGUGUUUAAGAAAGCACAAGAAAAAAUAACACACAGGGGAUGCAUUGCUGUUGAUAAUACACAGAAAUCUCUACAGUGAUUCGAUCUUACUUUCAGGUUUGUGAGUGUUUAUGUUUUCAGUGCUGAACAAGCAGUUCUGGCCUACAGUAGCCUCUGUGUAUUGGUUGCCUUAUAGAAUAUGUUAGGCUGUUUUAUUGUAGUGUUCUCAGUGUGUUAGAGUCAGUUGUCAGCACAAUGAGUGAGAUUUUCACUAUUAUGAAACAGAAAUGACUUUAUCAUCCCGUGUCGGAUCAUUCUGGUUGUGGACAUACUGAGCUGUUAGUGAGGACUGUGCCUGCGCUGCCUAGAGCGAAUCUAAUCACUACACAUAACAACUCUUAAGUGCUUACAUCGUAAAAUACAACACGAAUUGCUAGUAUAUUCAUUCACUUUUUUUACAUCACAUCUAAGCUUUUAGAUAUUUUCUCAAAGAUACAAUAUUUCAACAAAAUCACACAUUAUAAAGUAAAUAAAAAUAAUUUAUCACAACUGCAAAAAUUCCAAAGUGACAUCCAGAGAAACAUGCAUUAUAUCCGUGGUUUAAUGGUAUGUCAGGUUUUCUAGUGUGGUAAUAAAAAUGAACGAAAAGGAAAAGGGUCUCCCUUACGUAAAUGCUCAUUGGAUGUGACAUUUGCAAAUGUCAUAUGGCUAAGAUGCCUAAGGCCAGAUGUGGCUAAUAGGACGCAGUGGUUCUACCGUGUCUCCAGAUUUGUGUGAUUUCCAAAUGAGAAUUUUGUAAAAACCUGAUCUCCUCAGAUGUUAAUGUUUACUGAGAGCUCAGGCGUUUGUUCACGUUCUCGAGAUGACGAUUCACAUUCUUACACCUCAUGCUGUUACCUCAUUCAGGUUGAUGAAACCCUUAAGUCAAAUCAAGGAUGGAUUAUUGCAACAGAAAAUAUCACUGCUUAAUCUAAUGUCCUAAACUAUAAAUUAAAAACACAAUUUACAUUUAUUUGUUGUAUAAAAAGUGUCUAGAUUCUUUCAUAAUAGUUUUUAAAAAAAGGAUGUGUAUUGCUCUUUCGUUUCAUUUACUUUUAUACCAUGUUUUGUUUGUUAUUCUUGUGUGUUGCCUGAUGUCUGUUUACCUUUUUUUUUCAUAGUCCAUUUGUAAGUUAUUUGAAUAUAUAACUUCAUGAUUUUGUUCAGUUGAGAAAGCUGGAGAGUAUUACUGGAGCAUUUGAUCAAUUUGUAUUUAUUUAUUUUUAUCAUUUUUGCUAAAUAAAAUUGUAAAUUUAA